GUGCUCCCUGGGAAACGCCAAAAGCAGGGUAAAAUAAAUCCCAUGUCGCUGGGCGCUUUCGAGCUGCCACAAAUCGACACCCCCUCACAUACCCUCACCCACACCUCAAUCUCCGCUCCGAGCUAUCGUUGCCAAUCCCGUCCAAGAUGCCACUUAUCAGCGAGGCGUACGACUCACUCCCAUACAUCGAUGCAGCCCCCUCCACACACGCCCUCGACUCUGCGCGCGCCCUGAUAGAUGCCGAUAUCAAGGCCGCCGGCGUCGAUGCAUCUGUCCUCCAUCCUGCCCUUCUACCGUCCGCGUCCUAUGUCCCGACGUACUCGCCCGCACUCGAGCAGGAGCAUGCCCGCCUAGCUGCAGACCCCAAGUCCAAAAUCAUAGGCGUGGAUCUAAGUCGGUACGAAGGCCUUGAGGAGCCCCCGGACGCCGACGAUGAGAAGCCCGAGGAGCUGGUUGCGUGGACAGAGACGCUGCGCAAGGCGUAUGCGUCGUCGGAGUACCUCAAUGCGCGCCUGACUGAGCUGGGGCUGCUGGAGAAGUUCGGCAAGAAUAUGUGGCUGGUUGGGAACGCCCAGUUGGAGGAUAUACUCAAGGCCCUGGAGGCGGAGCUGGCGGAUACGAAGACCCAGAUCGAGGCCACUGAGGAAGCGAGGAGGACGAAUCAGGGCGCUGUGAAGGGCGAGGUAGACAUAUUAGAAGAGUCGUGGAAGAAGGGCGUGGGGAGGGUUCUGGAGACGCAAGUCGCUGCGGAAGCACUGAAGAGAGAGAUACUGGAGCGUCGAAGAGCUGGGGCUGUUUGAUCUGGGAAGUUGAUAUUCACAGGCGGCGUUCAUCGGUCAUAAAAGCGUUGCAUACCAAGGCUAUGGCCCGGCGAGGCUUCACCUGACGACGAUGAGAUAGCAGAAUACCCAAGAAGUGACGUGUUUUGGUCUCAAUUAUCAUGACAGGCACGUAUAAGCCACCCAACGCGGUUAUGUGGGUUAUGGUGGACUUUCUUGUAUCACCGCUUGUGGUACUUGACUGCAUUAUUAGGAAUCCGCACCGACGGGCCACACGUUUGGUCUGUGCAUGAAUUUUGCACUCUUCAGGUAUUUCAAAAUACCAUAAUGCAGCGGGAAAAGUCUCGUAGACUUUAUGAUCGGGUCAUUCCUCAAAGGGACAUCAAAAGAUCUAUCACUUUGGGGCGACUAGUCAUACAGUCUUCACAGUCACGAAUAACGUUCUCGCUG